AUGGGUUGUAUAUGCGCCAAGAAAGGAUCGAAUGUAAUUCAUCCGAUUGGUGUAGUAUCACCACCACCACUGCCAAUAGUAGCAGCAGAACUACAUGCUGGAAAAAAUCUUGAAGAUUUUACUGUUGUUUGGCUUGAUGCCAACAUUGACACAAGCAUCGACUGUCAAGAUACAAAAAAUCAUCUUCGACAGAUUGUUAAUUAUUUAAAGACAUUUAUCGAUUCAAGCACUUGUAUUAAUUAUAUAUCCUCUGUCCACAACGAAAAAAUAUUUUUAAUUAUAUCCGGUUCGUUUAGUGAAGCUGUUCUACCAGUUAUUCACUACAAGUCUCAAAUUAAGUUUAUUUAUGUAUUUUGUCAAAAUAAGCCGAAAUAUGAACAGUGGAUAAAGCAGUAUUCAAAAGUACGUGGUGUAUUUGAUGAUAAAAUUGAUUUAUUUGCUCAAUUAAAAGCUGAUGAAAAAUUAUGUUCGAAAGAAGGUACAAUACCAGCACUUGUUUUAAGUCCAAAUGUAAAAGAACAGUCAAUUACCGAUUUAAAUAAAGAUAAUAUUACAUUCAUUUGGCUACAAGCAUUAAUCGAAGUGUUGAUUCGUCUGCCGUUGUCGGAAUCGGCAAAAAAGGAUUUAAUAAUGGAAUGUCGACAACAGUAUAGUGGCAAUGUUAACGAGCAACGUAAUAUCGAUGAUUUUGAAAAAAAUUAUUCGGCUCAUGAGGCUAUUUGGUGGUAUACACGCGACUGUUUCUUAUAUCGUUUAAUGAAUAAAGCAUUACGUACACAAGAUAUAAAUAUUAUAUUUAAAUUUCGAUUUUUUAUUAAAGAUCUCUAUCAACAAUUAGGAGGUUGUAGCGUAGGGUAUAGUGGAUGA